AUGGCUUCUUCACAGAGCUCAAAGGCGUCCGAUAGGCGGAACGUUUCCACGGCGAUGGCGGAGGACGAGGAGGACGCGUACUCGACGCCGAGCGCGUGCGAGCUGGAGAGGCUCCUCUGCCGCGGCGGUGUGGCGUACACGCGCGUCAACGAGGUCUGGCCCAACGUCUACAUCGGCGACGAGAUGACGGCGCGGAAACGGUUCCAGCUGCAGACGAUGGGCGUGACCCACGUGCUGAACGCCGCGGAGGGAACGCUGAACAGCGUGGACACGGGCCCCGCCUACUACCAGGACGUCAACAUCGAGUACUACGGCGUCGAGGCCGACGACGUCCCCACCUUCGACCUCAGCCCGUUCUUCUACCCCGCGGCCGAAUACAUCCACGACGUCCUCAGCAGACCGGAGAACAAGCUGCUGGUUCACUGUGUCAUGGGCAGGAGUCGGUCUGCGACCCUCUUCCUGGCCUACCUCAUGAUCUACCAUCACAUGACCCUCGUGGAGGCCAUCGAACAGGUGAAGCGUCGCAGACGCAUCAUACCGAACUGGGGGUUCCUGAAACAGCUCAGGCAGCUGGACGGGCAGCUCCAAGAACAGAGGCAGAGCUCCAGCAACGAAGACAGCGGCGACAUGCCGAAAGACUGAAAAAACUAUCCAGCAGAAGCAGGAAUUGUACUUAUGUGCCUUUGGGUCAUCCGGGGCUCGUAUUUAGAUGUAUAUUUGAGAUGUAUAUUUUG